AUGGCGGCGGGCGGCCGCCGUGAGGCCUCUACGGUCUCCGGCGGGGACGACGUCGCCCAGGACAUGGCGAUGAGGGCGCGGUACGAGACGUGGGUGGCGAAGCACGGACGCACGUACAAGGACCACGCCGAGAAGGCGCGGCGGUACGAGGUGUUCAGGUCCAACGCCGAGUUCGUCGACUCCUACAACGCGGCGGCGGUGGGGGCGCGGGGCAAGAGCAGCAUGUCGAGUCCGCGGCUGGCGACGAACAAGUUCUCCGACCUCACCAGCGAGGAAUUUGAGGUCAUGUACCUUAACGACAACGUCGGCAAAGUCGGACGGCUCAUCAGUAAGCGCUUCAAUGGCAGCAUACCGGGGUUCAUGUACGGGAGCCUCUCGGAGUCGGACGUUCCGGCUAGCAGGAACUGGACAGCCAUGGGCGCCGUCACCGCUGUCAAGGACCAAAACAAGUGUGCGUCUUGCUGGGCGUUCUCGGCGGUGGCGGCCGUGGAGGGUAUCCACGCGAUCAGGACCGGCAACCUGGUCUCCCUCUCGGAGCAGCAGCUGCUGGACUGCUCCACCGGAAGGAAGAACCGCGGCUGCAACAAGGGCGACAUGGAGGAGGCCUUCCUGUACAUCGCCGGGCAAGAUCAUCGCCCUCGUCGGAACCACAGCCGCGUCGUCCCGUCGGCCACCAGCGGUGUGUUCUGGAACGGCGGGCUCAGCGAGGACUCGGCCUACCCGUACCUAGCCGUGCAGAGCAACUGCAGCGCGUUGACGAAGCCGGCCGUCGCCGCCAUCCGGGGAUUCCAGUACGUGCCCGCCAACAACGAGACCGCGCUCCGGCUGGCCGUCUCCAGGCAGCCUGUGUCCGUGGCGCUCGACGCCAGGAGCAAGGCUUUCCAGCACUACUCGAGUGGAGUCUAUGGCGCGGCUGGCGUCGUCAGGUGUAAGAAUAGUAGCCUCAACCAUGCCCUCACCGCGGUGGGGUACGGCACGGAUGAGCACGGCACUAGGUAUUGGUUGAUGAAGAACUCCUGGGGAACCGGCUGGGGCGAGGGGGGCUAUGUCAAGAUCGCAAGGGACGUGGCGACCGAUGCAGCAGGCGUUUGCGGCCUCGCUGUGCAGGCCUCCUAUCCCGUCGCCUGA